AUGGUCGGGCAGCCGCGGCAGUCGGGCGGGGGGUUCAACGAGUAUGUGCUGCCCGUCGACGACUUCUUCGACGACUAUUUGAACGCCCUGACGGGAAACGAUGCGGACUUCCUGAUGCAGGAUGACGCCGAGGAUCCAAAUACGGGGAGCAACCGCGUGCCCGCGCAGGACAACGGGCACGCGGGGCGCCCGCAAGCACCGGGAGCAACAGCAGGCCCGCCUGGGGCGGAUCCCGGGCCCUACUCGCUGCCGGAGCCCGGCAACAUUGGCCGGCAGGUUGCCGAGCAGUUCGGCAACCAGCUCGGAGGCGGCGCGGUGACGAUGGGGGACGGUACGGCAGUGCAGGUUACUCAUCUCCCGAACAUCGUCAACCCGGCGUUUCAGCAGAGCUGGCUGCCCCUCGCGUCCGUAUCCGGCAAGGAGGAGGCCGGAGGCGGGGCGCACGCGGAGGCGGCGGCCUCCGGAGAGGACGGCACGGCGAAGAGCAAGCGGAGGUCGUCCGUGUCGACGCCGGCGGAGGACGAUCCCGACAGCGGUGCUGGCAGUGGCCGGGGCAAGCGGGCGCGCACGGCGAAGCAGCAGCUCCUGAACCGGCAAGCGCAGCAGCGGUACAGGCAACGGAAGAAGGAGAAGGCUGCCCAGAUGGCCCAGGCAGUCGACGAGCUGCAGCUGCGCGUGGAGGAACUGCAGCGGGCCAACGCGGAGGCCGCCGCGGCCAAGGCGAAGCUCCGCGAGAUGGAGGCGCUCCUCGUGGAGAAGGACGCGCAGCUGCAAGCGCUGAAGCUCGACAGCUCCUCAAACUGGGGCUCCGGGGUGUCGACGGGCCGCGGCGGAAGGCCCCCGAACGACGGCACGAACGAGGCUGCCAGCAAGCCGCAGGAGGGCGACCGAGGUUCGGGCGGCUGCGUCCCGGCGCCGCAGCCCCGGCUCACGAACAUGCCGGAGGAGGAGCAGGGCUUCAAGUGCUGCGAGCGCCUCGAGCAGCUCUUCUCCACGCAGGUAGAAAGCCUGAAAGAGUUCUGGAGAGAACAGGACCUUGACUCAGUUCCGACGCUCACGGACCAGCAGCUCGUGUCGCGGCUAUCGGCGCAGAUCGACAACAUCUGCACGACGUGCAUGUACGCGACGCGGGCCCUGGCGUGCAUGGAGGGCGUCGACGUCGCGAAGCUGAUGUCGGGCGCGACGAACCCGGUCCUCAGCGGGCAGGUGCCGACGGACCGAGCGCGCAAGGCGCUGUGGGUGUCGGUGGUGCGCAGCUUGGACCUGUCCGAGCAGCAGAUCGACGCCAUGAUGUCUGCGCGGGGCAAGCACCUCACCCGCCUCGCCGCGGUGUACAAGCAGCGGCAAUCCCUGAACGCGGCAGCGAUCGUGCAGCUGGCGCCCAACAGCGUGAAGGGCCCCGCGGAGGCCGCGCAGGAGGGCCUCUUGGACCGCCAGAAGGAGAACGCGUCGGUCGCGCGCGUCCUGAGCGAGCUCAAGGAGAACUUGAAGGACGAACAGAAGGCUGCCAGCGAACUGGAGUUCGUCACUUUCAAGAGUCUUCUCACGCCGAUGCAGGGCGCGCGCGUCAUCAAGGACGCGUACCCGUUCCACUGCGACUGCCUCGCGCUGCUCAACACCGUCGCGUGCGUCCAUAACCGGGAGGCCACAUCCUACUGCGAGGGCGCAGCAGAGGCGCACACGGCGGCCUGA